AAAGCACUUGGUACUCCACUGUAUGGGACUGGCUGCUGCUUCCCUUGAAGCUCCAUCUUUCAGCUCACUCCGUAUAAAUCAUUGCAGCUUUUCUUUUUCUGUUGUUUCUUUACCCACUCUUCAUACUCCUUCCCCCUUGCUGUUGAGAUCAGGGUUUGUGUGUUGUUGGGGCCGAGGGGGUUGUGUUGUGUUCAUCUUGAGGAAGGAACAUGCAGCAUCCCGGAGGAACAUGCGUGGCGUUACCCAACGUGGAUGCCUGUCCUCAGUUGUCCUGCGCCGCCCUCACCUUUAUGUAUUUACAGCAGGCUAACCAGGACACACCAACACCCCCAGACCCAUCCAUGGCCCAGACUUACCCAUCAGCCCAGUUUGCCCCCCCUCCCCAGAAUGGCAUUACCACCGAGUUCACAACUUCACACCCUCACCCACAUCCACACUCCCAUCCACAUUCACACCAGCACCCAGCACCUCAAGACUAUUCUGGGGUUCAGGCCUCUGCCAGCGACCAUCCACUCAAUGUGUACCAGUCGACACAAAGCCACAGUGACCAGAAUGGAUCAGACCUCAGCAAUCAGACAGUCACCGGCACAGCCACACAGACGGACGAUCCUGCACAGACAGAUUGUCAUCCAACAACACAGACUGUACCUGAGAGCACAGACAGCAAGGCCCAGCCCAAAAGACUUCAUGUCUCCAACAUCCCCUUCAGGUUCAGAGACCCAGACCUCAGGCAAAUGUUUGGCCAAUUUGGCAAAAUCUUAGAUGUGGAAAUCAUCUUCAACGAACGUGGUUCCAAGGGUUUUGGAUUCGUAACAUUCGAGCAUAGUAUGGACGCCGACAGGGCCAGGGAGAAAUUACACGGCACUGUGGUCGAAGGCCGUAAAAUAGAGGUCAACAAUGCAACAGCCCGAGUAAUGACAAAUAAGAAGACUGUCAACCCAUAUGCAAAUGGCUGGAAGUUGAAUCCAGUGGUCAGUGCUGUCUACAGCCCAGAAUUCUAUGCAGUGCCAGGUUUCCCCUACCCAGCAGCCAGUGCAGCAGCAGCAGCAGCAGCAGCAUAUAGAGGAACCCACCUACGAGGUCGAGGACGGACAGUCUACAACACAUUCAGGGCAGCUGCUCCACCUCCUCACAUUCCAUCUUAUGGAGGUGUUGUUUACCAGGAUGGAUUUUAUGGUGCAGAUAUUUAUGGUGGUUACACUGCCUACAGAUUUGCCCAGCCUACUGCUGCCACAGCAGCUGCAUACAGUGACAGUUAUGGACGAGUAUAUGCUGCCGAUCCCUACAACCACACACUCACUCCAGCAGCCACAUACAGCGUUGGUGCCAUGAAUGCAUUCACCCCGCUGACAGAUGCCAAAACACGGAGCCAUGUUGACGACGUAGGACUUGUGCUGUCCUCCCUCCAGGCUAGUAUAUACCGGGGAGGCUACAGCCGUUUUGCUCCCUAUUAGCAACACUUCCUAAAUGAAACACAACCUUCCAACUGGACAGGAAGAAAGCAUGUGCGUAUGUGUGUGUGUGCGUGUGUAUGUGUGUGUGUGUGUGUGUGUGUGUGUGUGUGUUUGAAUGAGUGUGAAUAAAAGAGAGACGUUGCUGAGGCCUGGCUAUUGCAAUACAAGCAAUUCAAGCAUCAUUUCAGCAUCUCCAACGAGAGAGAAAAAUAUGUAAGAUUAAAAUAACAGCUGAUAUUUUUCAUCUUAUACCUCAGAUAUUUUGUGCUGUGUAUUUUGAUAUUGUGGGGUUUUAAUUUCUAAAGAUUUAAACAUAGUUUUCAGCUGUAGAAAUUGUGUCCAUGAUACUAAUAGAGUAAACGUUAGAGUAAAAGUUAGGACACAGAGGAAAUAUUUAUCUGAUUCACAUUGUUGUAUAUAACACCCACUCUGUAUGAUAAAUAUUUUGACGAUGAAAAGCUUGUAUCUCCAAAAUCUUGAGAUUUUUGCUUUUAUUCCUAAACAAUUAAAAUUAUUUUUGUCCUUAUGUUUCAGAAAAAGAGGAAACAAAUUCAAGCUUUUCAUUGCGUAGCAUUGUUCUAUUUUUUACAUGUUUAAAGCGACUAUGCUUGUUAACUGUUUUUGUUCUCUCUGCAUUCUUUUGCACUUACUAAUUUUGACUGAUGCAUUUUUUUAUUCCAUUUGGGAUCAUGUCAAGAGCUCUUGAGAACAUUGUCAUAUAAAUUAAGUUUUUAUGAACAUUCGCGGCCAGGAUAGGCUAAUUAAAAGCAGCAUAGAGAAGCAAAGGAUUGCUAAUUAUUUGAACUCCAUCAUCUCAAGAUCAUGACUUUCUUAUCUCAUUUGUUUUGGGGAAAAGCUAUUUUCGUAUGACCUCAAAUUUAUAUUUCACUGUGCAGUUUGGUUAUGUCAUUUUAAAAUGUCCUGCAUUCAGUUCUAGUAAAAUAUUUUGGCGUGUGUAUGGUUUUAUUUAUUUUGUUCUCUUAAGUUAUUUUUCGUUUUUUGCUUUUCCAUAUAUGUAUCACUGAGCUUUUGUUACUUAUUUUGGGAUAAUUUUGUCAUGAUCUGAAAUUUAGAUGGAGAUGCUGGAUGGUAAGUUCUAAGCAAUGCCAGCAAGUACCAGCUUUCAUAGAUGAUAGUGAGGUGAGCAUACCUGUAGUUAGUGUUAUAGUUAUGUCAGUAGAGACAAAAUUAUAUGAGUCAGCACGUUAUUCAGACUGUAGCUUUAUUGACUAAAUAAUGUAGUUGGAUCUUAUAUCACAUCAAACCAAAGGUUUCAGUAGCCAUAUCUGGCGUGUUCAUGUAUUUAGACAAGAUUCUUCAUAGUAUAAAAAGGGGAAGGACUGCCAUGGCAACCCAAACAUUUGUUCAUUCAUUAGUUGAUUAUCUGUGAGCUAAAAUAUGGGGAAAAAAGUUUGAUCACUCAUCUGAAUAAUGUGAAUGAGAGGAAAAGUCAGAAUCUUUUAGAUAAACUUAGACAUUAAUCGUAAAUUGAGCAAUUUGCUGCACUAAUCCUUUUCUGUUCUGAGGAGCAAUGGUCUUUGGUAUUUUUUAUUUAUUUAUUUGUUUUUUUAAUAGGAACUUCCAGAAAAUUCAUUGGUAAAACUGAUGAUUUUUAUAUUGCAGGAGAGAUUUAAAAAUAUAUAUUGCAGUGUCUUUUUUUUAAAUUUUCAUUUGGUUUUGCUUUUUUUGUCUAGUAAUUGAAAAUGUAUGGAGGAUAAAAUAUAAUACUCAAACAAUGUAUGAUAUUUGAACUGUGCAGUGAAGAUGUUAUCUUAUAUGAAAUACAUUAUAGUAUAAUGUUUUAGAUUUAGGCAUAUAGAUCAGUUGUUAGGGCAAGCUAGCUCCUUUUCUAUCAAGUCAUGUUCCGAUUUAUGGCAAAUCAUUACAAAUAAUUACAUUGUAGUUAUACAGUAUAGCUUAAACGCUCAUUUGUUUACUUUGUCAAAUAUACCAUUUUGCACAUGUUACUUGUAAUUUCCACAUAAAUCUGAGACAUAUCAGUGCUUUAGGUUUCCCAUUUCUUUUAUUUCAGUUGAUUUUGCUUUUGUUAUUCUUAAUGUGACAUAGCUUACUUUUGUAGUCUAUCAAUCUUUACUCUUUGACAAAUACCUGUUUGAAUAUUACACAAUUAUAUACAUAUGAAAAGUAAAUCAUUUGUGAACAAGAUAAUUAAUGAUGUACAUAGACCUUCAUGGAAUCAAUCUGUAGUGUAUUUUAACGACGCUAUUUGGUGAAAGGGAGCUUGGCUAUGGCUGCAUUGCGAGCAACUCCUUGCACCACAUUCUGUUUACAAAUGUUCCCAAUUAGUGGUGAUGUUACACACAUAUCUUCCCUUUUGUAUUUAUCACAAAUUAGAACCCUCAGAUGCACCACAUCAAAGGCGGUGUAAAUGCAUCAGGGCAGUUUGGGUCUGCUGGUUAAAAUCUGUGUAUGUACAUUCUGAAUGACGAUGUAUGCUCAGAGACAGGGUGGCUGAAGGUCUUUACUAUGCUGAAUGUCUGACUCUGCAACUAAUUUAUCUAAGUGCUUCUUCCAGUAGGUGUUGUGGUUCAAAACGAGGCUUCUUGCACUGUCAUCGUAUGUGCAUGUACUAUGGUUCUUCCACUUGUCAAUA